UUUCAGUUGAUCGCUGCAGCCGACAGAAUCACCAACGAAUUCCAACCGACAGUGACAUGGUUUUGUUCCGAAGAGGGUGGUUUCGAUCUGACACUGACAACAUCGCAACCGUUCUUCGGUUCACUUCACGCCAUGGAUAGGUAUCAGAGUUGUCGUAUAAAUGGAACUGGAAGAAAACAAUUACAUUAUUAUAUUGCCUUCACAAACACUCAAGAAUGCAAUGUCAAGUAUGAUAAAGUACGACACCAUUGA